GAAGGAGGGCCCUCCACCAACCACAGCCAUCUUCCUCGGGCAUCCGGCCAGCUCCCCAACAUCUCUUCUCCUUCUUUUCCUCUCCCCUUCUCAUCCUCCCUUGACUUCUUCCUCACUUCUCUUUUUCUUCUUCUUUUGAUUUCUGCAUUCUUAGGUGUUAAAAGACACUCUCGGAGCGCAACACUAACUCACUUCCAGCCACCUCGAUCCCUUUGGACCCGGAUCAUCCUUUCCAUCUUUUAUUUCUCAACUUGA